CAUGUUAUAGGAGAUCAGCUGAGUCAGUACGACCAAUAUCACGGAACACCAAACCACUAUACCCGUUGAGCAGCUGUCAGCUUAAUGCAAGAGACAUAGUCAAUAUCUCUCUGCUAUCAGUUCAUCGAUCAUUCAUCGAUCAUGUAUGAGUUGGAGAAGAGCAAUCUACAGAGGUGUAGUAAAUACGUGAUUCAUAUUUUGCGACCGUCUUACGUCAAAGGCUUCAUGACAACUUACCUGCAACCAGAGGUUGCAGAGAGGAUCCUAUCAGAGGAGAGUAAGUCUGUGACGGCAGCAGCCCAGGUGUUUCUAGACCAGGUGUGUCUCCUGGACGAACUGGGAUGGUACCAGGCCCUGCUAGAUGCCCUGGAAGCAGAAGACUAUAAGGGUCUGUGUGAGGCCCUGAAGGGGUGGGACUUUCAGACCCUGGAGAGCACCAAGGAACACAGAGUGCUUCUGGACCGAAUAGAACCCCGCUUCACAAAACUGAUCAAACCCAGAGACCUGCUGCUACACCUGGGAGAUUGUCUCAGAAAGAGAGAGUGUGAAGAGAUACUGGCGAUAGAGAACCUGAAGGGGCAAAUAGCAGCAGCAGAGAGGCUGACUGACUGUCUGAAGAGAAGUGAUAAACAAAACUGGUUCAAACUGCUGAAGUCGGCGCUGUUCUCCUGUGAACUGACUGAGGCCCUGCAGCUACUGGAACCUGACACAGAGUCAUCCAUGUCAAAGAUGGAAGUGGGUGAUGAGGAGGAGGGUGAAACCGUGAUGACUGUCUCCUUCCAGUACACUGAGCAGUCUGACGAUGACGAUGGGAUGCUGAUGAGCAGCAAUCCCUUGACACCCUCUGAAACCCCGCCCACCUCUGCAACAGGAGCCACUAGUGGUGUUGGUGAAGUCCAGAAAGGAGGAGAGAAGAGGCUGAGAGAGGAGGAGGAGAGAGGAGGAGGAGAAAAGAGUAGAGGAGGAGAGAAGAAAAUGAGAGAGUAUCAGAGAGAGCUGGCUGAACCGGUGUUUCAGGGCAAGAACACAGUCAUCUGUGCCCCAACCGGCUGUGGGAAGACGGUGGUUGCCCUGGCGAUCUGUGAGCAGCACCUGAAGGUUAAGGGUAAGGGGGCGAAGGUCGUCUUCAUGGCAACCAAGGUGGACGUCUUCAACCAGCAGUAUAAACUGUUCCAGGAACAUUUCCAAGAGAAAGACCCUGACAUCAGGAUCGACGGUCUUUGCGGUAACCAGGGCGACCAGCUGUCGAUGAAGGUGGUAAUGGAGAACAAUGACAUCAUCGUCUUAACCCCUCAGAUCCUGGUGAAUGCCAUGGCCCGAGGGGAGGUUCCCUCUCUCUCCUGCUUCUCUCUGUUGAUUCUAGAUGAGUGUCACAACACCACAGGGAAACACCCCUAUAACAUCAUCAUGACCUCAUACCUGGAUGCCAAGCUCAGCACGGAGCAGAACGGACAACACCUGCCCCAGAUUGUGGGUCUGACGGCCUCAGUGGGGAUUGGCUCGUUCAAGAACCAAUCAGAGGCUGAGAACAACAUCUGUCAGCUGUGUGCCAGUCUGGACAGCCGCAUCAUCUCCACCAUACACACAAACACUGACGAGCUACAGUCCUACGUGCACACACCUGACAAAGAGUUCUUCCUGGUCCAGAAGAGACACAUAGACCCUUUCAUCAGGAUCAUUCAUGACAUCAUGGCUAAGAUAGAAGGACUGGCCAAGACUGUCUACAACAUAGAGUCCUUGUCAUCCAUAGAGAAUCGUGACUACGGCAGUCAGAAGUAUGAACAGUGGAUCGUUGAUGUUCAGAAGAAAUGCAGAGUUCUACAGCUGAAAGACCAGGAGGAGGAGAGUAGAGUCUGUAGGGCUCUGUACAACUACACUGAGCACCUGAGGAAGUACAACGAUGCGUUGAUCAUCAACGAGGAUGCCAGGACUAAGGAUGCGCUAGAGUACCUGUCAUCUUUCAUACAGCAGGUGAAGAACGCAGGUCACGACAAGACGGAGAGACAACUCACCGCUUACUUCGAUGGUCAGCAGGGUGUACUGCGGGGUUUGUCCAGCGGGGAGAAGGAGAAUCCUAAAUUAGACAUGUUACAAUACAUCCUCGAGGAACAGUAUCGACAGAAUGAUGAGACCAAGUCUGUGCUGUUCGUUAGGACACGGGCCCUCGCAGACGCCUUGAAGAGCUGGAUGGAGGAGUCUGACUCUCUGAAGUUCCUGAAACCAGGAGUACUGAUUGGGAGAGGACGCAAGUCCAGCCAGCUGACUGGCUCAGGCAUGACGCUGAACUCUAAGAAAGGUGUGCUGGAUUCCUUUAAGAGUUUUGACAAUCAAAGCAAGAUCCUGAUCGCUACUUCGGUGGCCGACGAGGGCAUCGAUAUCCCACAAUGCAACCUGGUAUUGAUGUACGAAUACGUUGGCAAUGUGGUCAAGAUGGUCCAAGUCAGAGGCCGCGGCAGGGCCCAGGGCAGCAAGUGUAUCUUGGUGUCUGAUAAAAAGGACAGGAUUGAUAAAGAGAAACAUAACAUGGAGAAGGAGAAGAUUGUAGAGAGGGCCAUCAGGAACCUACAGGACACACCUACUGAGAUGCUCCGCAAGAUGGAGGUGUUUCAGCGUGGGGACAAGGUGUGUCGUGACAUGGUGAAGAUGGUACCAGAGAGACCCCGGACUGAAGGCAGCUACCAGCUCCUCUGCUCCAAGUGUAAAAAACACAGCUGUUACACAGACGACAUCAGAGUACUGCAGGAUUCUCACCACAUCGUUUUGGACCCCACUCUGUUCUCUCGAGCUCGAACAGAACCUCACCCUAAACCCAAAGGUUUCAUGGGGCUGGUGAAGACCAGGAAGCUGUUCUGUCACUGUGGACUGGACUGGGGCAUAGUGGCGUCAUACCUGACCAUACAGAAUCUGCCUGUGUUAAAGAUAGAGAGCUUUGUGGUGAAGAACUGUGUUACCGAGCAACAGAGGUACUACAGAAAAUGGAGAGACGUGACCUUUUCCAUGAAGACCUUUGAACUUACAGACAUAGCUGAUAGCUGGAAUCCAUUGCUUGAAGACCAGUAAGCAGCUGUCAAUCUGGAAAGGAGGAGCCAUGAAGAGAGAGAGAGAGAGAGAAGAGAGAGGCAUUGGUCAUUACCAAGCCCUGCAAUGCCAGGAGCCUCAGGACCAGAACAUCCAAUCCAAUCAGAUCAAAACAAAUUACAACACAGUCAAAACAAAACAACAUUGCUUAUUGGGAAACACAAGCACAAACACAAAGCAAAAUGCAGUGCUAUCUGGCCCUAAAUCAACAGUACACUGUGGCUAACUAUAUGACUAUGGUUACUGAUCAAAACCUUAGAAAAACCUUAACAAAGUACAGGCUCAGUGAGAACAGCCUUGCCAUUGAGAUGGGUAGACACAGGAAAACCUGGCACCCUGUAGAAGAAAGAUCUGAUAAAAACAUCCUGUUUGGGGGAAGAUGCAGAGAGCUGUGGGUUGUACACAUGUUAUUAUUCAAUGUGUGGACCCUUGAUUAUUGUUGUUACUGUUUGUCCCCUGGACAAUACUGAUUAUUAUUAUUAUUAAUUAUGUCAGUGUAUUAAAUGAAUCACCUAAUUUCCAAAGUAUAGCGUUUGGCAAUAUGCACAUUGUACAUUGUUACAUCAUGCCAAUAAAGCAAAUUGAUUGAGA